AUGCGCUUCAGAUUACCAUUCAAAUAUACGAGGGCACAACUGGAGAUCUUUAGGUUCUCCUUUUGUCUGCUCUCCCCCAUUGCAGUGAUGUACUACAUCGGUACAAAUACGGAUAUCAAGUUGAACGUUCCUGGGUUUUGGCCUGACCCUGCGACUUUGAACCAGAUCCCAAAGGAACGGUACGAGAUUAAGGCGGAGUUGGCACGGAUGAAAAGGGAGCGCCUGGAGAAACGACUCGAGAUGGAGAAGAGAUUACGAGAUGAGUUUGGCAUCGAGAACAUAGAAGCUGAAAAGGAAAAGAUCAGGCAGGAACUGAAACUGAAAAACGUGUAA